AUGCGCGCCGCUCGAUACUACGGCAAGGAAGACAUUCAAAUCAAGGACGAUGUGGAAAUUCCUACAUGUGGCGAUGGACAGGUUUUGGUAGAGCCGGCCUUUGUGGRAAUCUGCGGUACAGAUCUUCAUGACUUCUCGCCAACCAGCGCUCAUCCCGUAACCAAGGAGAAAGUUCCCAUCACCAUCGGUCAUGAAUUCAGCGGUACCAUCAAAUCCAUCGGCAAGGGCGUCACCGGCCUCAAGCCCGGAGACAAAGUCGCUGUCCAGCCAACAAUCUACUGCGGCCACUGUGGCGCCUGCAAAUCCGGCGCCGAAAACGCAUGCCCAAAUGGAGGUUUCGUUGGACUCAGUGGCGGUGGUGGUGGCAUGAGCGAGUUUGUAGUCAUGCCAUCCGAAGCGAUCUUUCCUCUACCAUCAAACGUCGACCUCGAUAUUGGAGCUCUUGUGGAACCUCUCGCAGUGGCCUGGCACGCUGUGGACGCCUCUCCGAUUGCAGGCCUCAAGGAUCCUCAGUGUCUCGUGUUCGGUGGUGGGCCUAUUGGUCUCGCUGUUGUGCAGGUGUUGCUCGCUAGAGGCGCAAAGAACGUCAUGUGUGCGGAGGUGGCAAAGAAACGUCAAGAGUUCGCGGCAGAAUUCGGAGCCCAUCACGUUCUCGACCCAACCAAGGUUGACAUUCAAAGUACCUGUCUGGAGCUUUGCGGCGGCGUCAACGGACCGGACUUGGUGUUUGAUUGUGCAGGUGUCCCAAAGUCCCUCGAAACAGCUUGCAAGACUGUGAGAUCGCGUGGAACGGUCGUGAACGUGGCAAUCUGGGAAAAGGAAGUGCCCUUCAACCCUAACUGGCUGGUCUUCAAUGAGGCCUCCUACAAGGCCGUUCUCGGAUACCAGAAAAAGGAUUUCCAGGGCGUCGUUGAUGCUCUUGGCGAGGGUAAGCUCAAGCCGGCGAGUAUGAUUACUAGUAGGAUUCAUAUGGACAAGCUUGUGAAAGACGGAUACCUGGCCUUGAUCAACGAAAAGGAUAAGCAUGUCAAGAUUCUGGUCGACGUACAGGCUUCGCUGAAGUGA